AUGACUGGGGUCCACAAUGUUGCACCGCAGAUUGGACAAUGGAAAAGACUCUCUGUGUGUGCAAUUGGUGCUGUAUCGGCCACCUUCAAGGCUGAGUCUAUCUACAUAUACUGGACCUUCUAA